AUGCAACUUCGCAACGCCCUCCGUUCGUUUCUCACUCAGUAUUUGCCCUUCCGUUUGUACAGUGCCCAACAGUUCAGGAACAUAACAGGAUCCGUCCGCCGUCAGCUGGUUAAAAACUCUAAGGAUGAACUAUUUCAGUAUACUUCGGGAAGAUGGAUCUAUAAUGAGCAUCUGCGGUUGACGGAACGUUACCUCGAGUUCGAUAUACCUGCCCUCCAGAAGGCCAUUGCUGCCGCAUCCGGACAUUCCACUUCUGAUAUCAUUUCAUUUUUUAAGCUUGCAGAAGGCGGAUUCAACCGAUUAUUUCAAGUGACAUUUAAUGACGGGAAUCGCGUUAUCGCUAGAAUUCCAUAUCCUUCCACCGGACCCGAACACUACGGAGUUGCUAGCGAAGUGGCGACUCUGGACUAUCUUCGGUUGCAUGGUAUCACUACGCCUAAAGUUAUAUACUACCGAAAGGAUAUUCUCUCGGAAGAAGGGAUCCCGCUGCCAGAUUGUAGCGAUCACGAGUUCUGCAUAGGUCCUAUAGCACAUUACAGUUGGUGGCACGAAGAAAGAGUAGUGCUCAAAACUGAUAGGGGCCCCUGGUUGUCAUCCAACGAUAUCUUUCGCGCGGUUGGGGAACGGGAGUUGAAGUGGGCCAAAACUUAUGCGAAACCUCGCCUUCCCUACGAACGCCUCUACAGAGAGAUCCAUAAUUUUUGUCAGGUUUCCCCGGAUAGUCACAUCGAAAAUUUGUCUGAUUACCUAACGUUGGCGCGAUGCCUUGGCUUCAAAACGGGAAGCUCACUAAAUCGGCCGGUUAUUCGCCAUCCUGACUUCCAGCCGAAUAAUAUUCUCGUGUCGAAGACGAAUGAAAUUAUUGGGUUAAUUGAUUGGCAACACUCUGCUAUUCUGCCUCUUGGACUUGCAGCGGGGAUGCCAAAACAUUUCCAGAACUACGGUGACCCCGAGUCAGAAAAGCUCCUUGAGCCUCAGAUAAACCUUCCGUCGAACUAUGACUCCCUUGACUUACCUGAGCAAGAUUCAGUUCGGGAAACCAUUCGAAAACGCCUGGUUCAUUUCCUUUACGCCGCUUUUACCAAGCGUUUGAAUGAAGAGCAUUACGAUGCAAUCUUUAACCAGUCUGUCAUAUUGCAUCAACGCCUCUUCGAGAGUGCGGGUACUCCCUGGGAAGGAGACUCAACCACUUUGCGGGCUGACAUGAUUCGUGCCAUACAGAGCUGGCCGACUUUAAUCACAGAAGACUCCCUAGAGCAGGAUAAAGGGUUAUACACUGCGCCUCCUUUCGAGUAUCCAGAUACAGUUAUUCAUGACACUAUCCGGAUAGAUGCGCAACAGAGAGAAGCUGAUACUGCGAUGGAACAAAUGCGAAAUGUUCUUGGUGUGGAUAUAUUGGGCUGGGUACCCAAUGACGGCUAUAAAGCUGCGAGGGAAAUGGCUCGGGAGAUGAAGGCCGAAAUGCUUGAAGCGGCCGAAACACGUGGCGAUGUUUCUGGGGUCCAAAACCACUUUCCGUUUGAUGACUUCAACGAGAACUCCUGA